AUGUGGCUCGUCGCCGUGCUUUUCGGUCUUCUGAAUCUGGUUCAUUUUGGCGCACUGCUUCGCUACAACUACAAGUGCCAACCCUGCCUCGGCGUUGGGCUCGUUCCCAACAACUUGCGUGCGCUGUCGUUUGCUACGUCUUGCUACACGACGCUAGUGUCGCUCGUGAUUUCAAUGCUGCAAAUCUCUCGGCAUCCCGCAGAGGCGGGCACCGCCGAGUGGACAGUGUUCUUCGUCGCCAUUGGACUCUACCCCGCAGUUGCAGUCACCGUGUGGCGCUGGAACCGCCGCCGCGCAGUCCUCUUUCAAGUGCCCAAUCUCAGCCUCCUUGACGCGCUACAGCACGAGAGCGACCGCGUCCGAGCCAUCGCGGCCGUGACCGUCACGCUCGAGACCGCCGAGCGCGACGCCGACAUGCUUCGGGCGAUUUUGCUGGCGCUUGACGAUACUUUAUGGCGGCCCGAGGCGGUGUUUGCGCCGGCGUAUGCUUGCCAAGCCAUGUGGUUCCUCUGGUACACCAACUUUGAUCUGGUCGACCACGUCUCGGAAACUGGUGCAAGCGCAUUUGUACCCUUUGGGUGCUGGGUGCGCUUGUCGCCAGCGCGAACUUGCGCUGGGGGGACAAUCAGUAGCGCCUUCCGCAUCAGUCUCUCGCAAGUGCUUGCAGGGCGGUCUGCAUCGGGCCGGCUCAGCGUCUCGAAUUCAUCUCUUGUCGCCCCCGCGGACUUAAGCCGACGGUCUCGGAAUCGGCCGUCGCCGGUCGACAGUUCUUCGCUUGUUCAGCUCGUCGAGAAGGCGACGGACCUCGAGCAUACCGUGUGCAUGACGAAUCGGAUUGCUGACGACCCUGCAAUUCGGUCUUGCUUUGAGCACGCGGUCAAGAAACUCGCCGAGCUCUGCAAGUGCCACUGCCGACGCAACCGACUCCUCGCGAGCAAGGUGCUUCAGGAAAUGUACCAAGCGAGCGUCGUCCGGGUGAGUGCGACCACCUUUCUGCACAUGGCAGCGAAUCUCACCAUCGCCCCGUCACACGCCAAAGCCAUGUCGGCGCUUCGAACCCUGGUGCGGUUUGUCAACGACCGCGAUGAGAUUUGGGCGGCCCGCCAAGUCGCCAACGCCGUGACGCUGCGGCUUCUCAGUGACGCUCUUCUGGUGCACGUUGGCGAUAUCGACUUUGUGACUACGCUGCUAACGUUCCUGAUUGAUCGUCUCGAGACGCUUCUGAGCCUCAGCACCAACACUCCAAGUGGCGAGGCGUACUUGGAUCGGUCCAUGGUCUCGACUCUGCUCGAGAUUUUCGUGGACGUGCCGUCGGGCGCGACGCAGGCGCUCAUCGAUGACCUCUUGUCGACGAUGCAAGAUGUGUGGGACACCCGCCCGUCCAGACCUCCGCGCGUCAUGCGCCAGCUCUCCAAGACACGCAUCAUACGCCAGCUCUCCAAGACACACGUUUUGCCGACGGCCAUGACGCGGCUAUCGGAAUCGUCACAUGCGCUCUUGAGCUUUUCGCAGCUCAAGGUGAUUAAAGACCGCCAGCGCGUGCGCAUGGAUGCGUGGGCCGCUGUCAACGCAGUGCUCGCCGACGGGUUUUCGAUGCAGCUGCCACUUGCAGCGCUGGCGCCACCGACGCAAUUGAUUGUGGCGUCGCUUCUCGAGCUCUUGAGCACGCGCAGUGACUUGCUCUCGUACUUGGAGAGCCGCAUGACGAUGCCUGAGUACUGUGCGUACCACCACGUGUCGCCCAGUGUGCUCUGGUUUCUCUUUCUCGCGCUCACGAUCGUUGCGCAUCGCCGGCACAGCCUUUUUACCGAUUUUUGCCGCUCGGCGAACGAGCUCCACGAUAUUCAGACCCAAGCGCUCGGCGUCGUCGUUGCCCGUCGCAAGCACAUCAUCUUUGGAAAGCUCCGGAGCGACCCCAAGCGGCUCCUCAUGCUUGGGGCCAUGUGGGCAGAGCUCGGCGGCUUUAGCUACAGCGCCAUCCAGCUCCUGCUGUACCAGCUCCACGACAACUCGUUCUACGGUCAGGCAAAUGGCAAGUGGCGGCUCGCGACAUUUGUGGUGCUCUCGCUCGUGCUCGGUUUCGUCGAAGGACUUCCCGCCGGACGCUACACCCGUCGCUUCCGCCCUUGGCGGGACAAGAUCGGCUCGCCAUUUCUGUACGACACGGUCUUUAUGACCUUCAUGUACGCCAUCAUUGACGUCACCGGCUGCAGCAACAACCUCGACGAGGUGUCGUUUGGCGGGCAGUCGUGCGCCGACCCAGCGCUCUACUGGAUCUUCUUUGGCCUCGGGAUUACGGUCUUUAGCGUGUUUUUCUGGGGAACGCUUUUGUACAAGAAGCGACUGGCGGACGACGUGUACGCCGUGCGCUUUCGGUUCCAAACAGCGUUUAACGCACUCAUGACGUCGUGCGCACUGGGCUUUUACACGAUCGAGAAGGCGCUCUUGGUGUUCGAUGCGUGGAUGGUCAUUUUCGGCUUUAGCGCAAUCAACUUGAUCCUCUUUGGCUCGCUUCUGUACUACAAUUACCGAUGCCAGCCCUGUCUUGGCGUCGGGUACUUCCCCAACAACCUCCGCGCGCUCUCGUUCGGCACGUCGUGCUAUACGACACUCGUGCUCUGUCUCGUGACGCUGGUCGGACACUGGACGACCAACCAAACGCUCGCACUCGUCGUCGUCCAAAUCUCGGCGGGGCUGUACCCGCUUCUCGCGGUCGGCCUCUGGCGUUGGAACAGUCGGCGCGCCAAGGACUACGAAGUGCCCAACCUCGAUCUUCUGGCGUCGCUUGCCCACGACUGCGUCCGCGUCCGGGCCAUCGCUGCUGUGAGCGUCACCCUUGAGAACGAUGCGCGCUGCGACACCGAGAUCCAAGCGGUUGUCGUGGGGCUCAGCGCCAUACUCACCUAUCCCAUGCACCGCGAGACGGCGUAUGCCAUCGCGUACGCGUGCCAAGCUCUGUGGUUUCUCUGGUACCGCAACUUCGACUUACGGGAUCAGAUUCUCGAAGCGACUUCGGACCCGCUGUGGCCCCCCGGGCGUUGGGCUCCCGAGCCGCGCGACUGCUCGUCCCACGCGGCAAAGGCCAGCCUGACACAGCCAGCAACGUUGGUUCCGAAAAAGUACUGGCAGCGCCGCCACGUACCGUCGCUGGCAACGAUGGACUCGGCGCUCGUCCGCUUAGUCGAGAAAGCGACCGACUUGGACCACACAGUGUGCGCCACGAACCGCAUUGCAGACGCCCCCGCCGUGCACAAGUGCUUUGAGGACGCCGUCAAGAAGCUUAUCGAGUUGCUGUAUGCACCGUGUUUCCACGCGCGGCGCAUUGCGGCCAAGACGCUUCAAGAGAUGUACGACGCGGGCGCGAUUCAAGUCAAGAAAGCAACGUUCUUCCAAAUGGCCGCCACGCUCGUGGCCGUGCCCGUGCACAGCCGCGCAGUCGCCGCCGCGCGAACCCUCGUCUCGUUUGUAUCGACGCAAGAAGCGACGUGGGUGGCGACGGCGAUGGCCGACAAGAUGACGCUCGUUCUGGUCGCGGAAGCGCUCGUGCAGCGCGCUUUCGAUAUCGAGUUUCUAAGCUCCGUGACCCAAGUGCUCGCCUCCGCCAUGUCGACGCUGGCCACGAUGCCAACGCCACCUCCGGCGACGUAUCUCUCUCCGCCGAUGGUCUCGGCCUUGCUUUCGCUUCAAGACAUGUCAGUGCCUCCUAAAGUCGCGGCCCAAGUCGAUUCCAUUCUCGCCACAAUACACUUAUGCUGCCAUGGGGCGACCGUGACGCGCCGUGGGUCCAACGCCUGGCGCGUCACACCUGCCGAUAAGGACGUGGUGGCGUCGACCGAAACGGUACUUUUGACACCAGGGCAAGUAGCGGCCGUGCUCGAGCGGCAGCGGCUGCGGCACAAACUCCUCGCAGUUGCGACGGCUCUUAUUGACGAGGGAUUCGCACAGCAACGGACGAUACUGGAGCUCACGCCGUUAACGCGCGCGACAGUGGAGGCGGCGUUUCCGCAAGGCCGCCCACCGCCAAAGAUGCUUGGAUACCUUGAGAGCCAAGUGCCUCCAGCUGCCUUCGCGUACGUCUGUCGCAUUGCGCAGCUGGAGCCGCCAGGUCCUCGCUCCGCGUCGCUGACGCAUCCCGAGUCGCUGGCCCGUAUCCGGCCCAUGGUCAUCAAUGCCUACGUCGAUGAGAAGGGCAUUGUACAGUGCUCUGGCUGUAGCUAA